AAAAAACAAUUACGAAAUAAUUUGCCGACAUAAAGAAGAAAUCAUGCUUAAAAAUUCUUUGCAAAACAGCAAUCCUGGAUCAGAUAAGAAUGCUGAGGAAGACUCUAUAACCAGGCUAUCUAACAAACCUGGUCCUGAUGAUUCAUGGCCUACAUCAUCUAGCCAAGUCUUAGAUUUUGGGACCAAGAGUAUGUCUGAGAAGCCCAACAAAGAUGUUCCUCAUUUCUCUGGAGCUGUGGAUCAGAAAGGGCAAAGGAUAUUACAUGGACAAGUAGAAGGAUCAGAUGAGAAGGCUGAGGAAGACUCUAUAACCAGGCGUUCCGACACACCUGUUCCUGAUGAUUCAUGGUCUACAUCAGCUAGCCAAGACUUUGAUUUUCGUUCCAAGAGUAUGUCUGAGAAGCCCAACAAAGAUGUUCCUCAUUUCUCUGGAGCUGUGGAUCAGAAAGGGCAAAGGAUAUUACAUGGACAAGUAGAAGGAUCAGAUGAGAAGGCUGAGGAAGACUCUAUAACCAGGCGUUCCGACACACCUGUUCCUGAUGAUUCAUGGUCUACAUCAGCUAGCCAAGACUUUGAUUUUCGUUCCAAGAGUAUGUCUGAGAAGCCCAACAAAGAUGUUCCUCAUUUCUCUGGAGCUGUGGAUCAGAAAGGGCAAAGGAUAUUACAUGGACAAGUAGAAGGAUCAGAUGAGAAGGCUGAGGAAGACUCUAUAACCAGCAGCACUGAGAUGAAGAUACAGAUCCUAGGGCAGAUCAACUCAGAAUGUCAAAG